ACUUUCAGUUUCGGUCAGAAGAUCAUAGCGUCUACAAUUUCUUUUUGCUUGCUUUUCGUUUUGUGCUAAAAUACUAGGGUUAGGGUAUCUGUGACAUUUUUUGUAUUAGUAAAGAUGAGUUCAACUGGAGGAUCGACCAAGGGAGGCAGAGGGAAGCCAAAAUCUUCGAAGUCAGUGUCGCGGUCUUCGAAGGCUGGGUUGCAGUUCCCGGUUGGGAGAAUCGCUAGGUUUCUUAAGGCUGGAAAGUAUGCCGAGCGUGUUGGUGCUGGGGCUCCCGUCUAUCUCUCUGCUGUUCUCGAGUAUCUUGCUGCUGAGGUAUUGGAGCUUGCUGGGAAUGCAGCGAGAGAUAAUAAGAAGAAUCGUAUUGUGCCAAGGCAUAUUCAGCUUGCUGUGAGGAAUGACGAGGAGCUGAGUAAACUUCUGGGCUCAGUUACCAUUGCCAAUGGUGGUGUAUUGCCAAAUAUUCACCAGACACUCCUUCCUAAGAAGAUGGGCAAGGGCAAAGGCGAAAUUGGAUCUGCUUCUCAGGAAUUCUAGACUUCUAAUCUUUUUUUGUCUAGUUUCUGGUGGUUUGAUUUAGGGAUGCUACAGUUGUAAAAUACUUUUUCAUUUUGGUUUUCUGCUUUGCACUUGAAAUACUGCUCAUCUUUUCUGAGUAAAUGAAUCGGUUGAUCAAUCAAUGCUUCUCUGAUUUAAUAUUUUUUUCA